AUGUUUUGGAAAAAGAGGCAAGGAGGCAUCUUGCUUACUCAAAGUCAUUUUUCUGCUGAUAAAUCACCAAACUCCUCUAGCAAUCUCGCUACUUUUUUUCGAUUGAAAAGUAGAAAAUUCUCUUCUAUUAGGUAUGCUUUGCUAGCAUUGUUGAUAAUAAUCAGUACUUGGCUUUAUCUGAUAUCGGAAACCUUUCAAUUAGACCUAAUCAAAACUGGACAAGAUACCUUGUUUGAAGAAUUGAAAUUGGCUAACUAUAACACACUCUUUAUUGAAUACCUAAAAAGUUUAUUACCCUCUCCUCAUAAAAACUUUAAGUCUGAUUACUUUAUCCACUCUGAGAAUUAUGAUUCUCUACUUCAGAAGUAUGGUUUAGCAACAAUGUUAAGUGAGCUAUCAUUUCAAGAAAGGUGUGACUUAUAUUUUAGUGAGUUAUACCGCAAUGAACCGAAUUGGAAACUCAACCCAAAUAUAAAGCUAAAAUAUAGCUAUAAGCAAUUGAAGAGUUUUACUGAUUUUAGGAUGGAAAAUGUAAUGUAUGCUUCGAGAAAGCUCGGUAUAGAACCAUCUGAACUUCACCUUUCGGAAGAGAAGGAGGAAGAAAUCAGGCAAAGGUAUAGCAAGCGGCUUGAGAAAGCAAAACAAGAUGAACAAUCUCUUCACAGUCACUUAACACAUCUAAAAGUAUUCAACAAGUGUUACCUCACUUCAAAUCAACCAAGAGUAAGAAAAGAAGUAAAAGAAUUCGAAAAGGUUCAAAAGGAUGCUCUAAGAUCCAUUGAGUUAAAGUCCUCACCGCAAAUUGCUAAGAUUGUGCAUAGUGCUCCUAAGUAUAAAUUUUCUUCUUGUUCAGAUUUAGAAAGGAGAGUGUACCCUUGGUUAACAGGUAAACUUCCUAAAUACAUUCGUUGGGAUGGUAGAAUUUUCAAUGGGGAAAUUCCGAAAAUGUGCAAAUUCAUUGGAGAAGAUUGUUCAAGUCCUCCUUACGAACCAAUAGUCGAAUCUUCAUUGACUGGUAACACAGCGUGCUUUUUGAAUGAAAUGAGACAACAAUUAAAUGGAAAAGGUAUUGCUUUGACCAUAGAAGAUCGUCACGUUGAAAUUACAAUUCGUUUAAUUAGACUCUUAAGAUUCUACGGUAAUACUCUUCCUAUCCAAAUUGUAUAUAUCAAGGGUGUUUCGGAAGAGUCUAGAAAUCAAUUGAUCAAAGCUGCAAGGUCCCCGUUUACUGAUUCACAUGGAAAUAAAUUAGUUGAACAAGAAUUAUGGUUUGUCGAUGUUUCUCAAGUGAUGUACAGUAGGUAUUACAAAAAGUUCAGUAGAUUUGGAAAUAAAAUAUUGGCCACAUUAUUUAACUCAUUUGAGGAGCUAAUGCUUAUUGAUUCUGAUACUGUCUUGUUUCAAUCACCAGAAUAUUUUUUCAAUUUAGAUCAAUAUAAGAAAUUCGGUGCAUUCUUCUACAGAGAUAGAAGUGCUGAAUUUCGGGGUAAGAGUGAUGCAAUGUUCUUUCGUAAGAUGAUGCCUUCCUUGCUUGACACCGCUAUUUUUGAUAUUCCUCAAGUAACAAAGUAUACCCUCGAUAGAGAACUUUUUCAUGGAUUAAAUCAUUAUACAGAAAGUGGAUUAGUCAUGAUUAAUAGGAAUCGCCAUUUCCUCCAAGCAUUGACCAUGGCUCAGAUUAGUUUCAUGGAACCAGUAAAAGAAAGGGUGCAUGGGGAUAAAGAAUUAUUUUUAUUGUCCUUAACAAUAUAUGGUGAGGAAUCUUACGAGUUCAAUAAGCAUUUUGCUGCAUCGAUUGGAGUCACCACUCCCCUCGAGGAAAGACUUCAGGAAGUGAAACAAGACGUAAUGAACUCCAAUCGAGAUUAUGUCAAAAAUAGCUUUGAAUCCAAAGAGAUAUGCUCUAACCACCCAGCUCAUAUUAGUGAUGCCGACAAUCAUACUUUACUUUGGAUCAACUCCGGUUUCAAGCAUUGCGGCCAAGGUGCCCGAGUAAAUUACGACGAUGAGUUUAGGAACAAAAAUAGGUACUCGAAGUACGACACUAUGGAAAAAUUUAAAGAACUUUUCAAUCUGAAAUUGGAGAUAAAAGAAGCAAUAAUUCCUCCUUUCGACGUAAAAUUGGGGAUGUAUGCUCAUAAUGACGAUUUUGAACCUUCAUGGGCUUGGAACAAAUUACAGCACAGCUGUAGAGGUUACACUUGGUGUGCAUAUUCCCUGAUUGGUGGUUCUGAGAGUAAUUUCCAGCUGGGAAUAUAUGUCCAAUUUACAGACGACGAAAUUGAUAGGUUCAAUGAACUUGGAGAUAUAUGGAUGAGUGAUUUUGAUUUUAGAAGUGAAAGACAGAUAAACAUCGACAAAAUAAAGAAGAUAGCAGUUAAAUCUUUACCAUGUGGAUUAUUAUUUUUUGUGGUGUAUACUGCAUACAAAACAGUGAGAAUGAUUUUCCUGAAUUGGAGACGAAUCGCUAGUUACGUGAUACAUUUUGGAGCCUUCAGCCUUGGUCUAAUUAAAUGGGGAAUCGAGAAAUUGUACCUACGCUACAUCUUAGAAACAAUAUUGGGGAAGACUAUCAGCUUUUUGGUGUUUUUAAAAAGUAAAUUACGGAAGGAGGAGUUUUGA